AUGUCUCCUAAGCCCUUCGUUGGAGGUAACUGGAAAUCUAACGGCACUUUCGCGUCGAUCAAGGAGCUCGCUGCCUCUCUGGUCACUGGGGAGGCUACGUACAACAAGGACGCCGUCGACGUUGUAGUCGCUCCCACCGCCAUUCACCUCUCCUUCGCGUUGGACCAGUUUAAAGGAUCGAACAUUCAGGUCUCUGCCCAAAACUGCAGUAGGACCGGCCCUGGCGCCUACACUGGGGAGAUCACUGCUGACAUGAUCAAGGACGCUGGUCUCAACUGGACCAUCCUUGGCCACUCCGAGAGGCGUCAUCUCUUCAACGAGACCAACGAGGAUCUCGCUGCUAAGGUCGUCAACGCCGAGGCUGCCGGCUUGAAGAUCAUCUUCUGCAUUGGCGAGUUGCUCGAGGAGCGCGAGGCCGGCAAGACUGACGAGGUCUGCUCCACUCAAAUGGAUGCUAUCGUCCCUAUUGUGAAGAACUGGAAGAACAUCGUCAUCGCCUACGAGCCUGUGUGGGCUAUCGGUACCGGUAAGGUGGCCACUACCGAACAAGCGCAGGAGACUCAUGCCACUAUCAGAAACUAUAUGAAGUCUAAGGUCAGCGCCGAGGUUGCUGCUGAUAUGCGCAUCCUGUACGGAGGGUCGGUCAGUCCUGCCAACUGUGGAGAGCUGAUCAAGUGCCCUGACGUUGAUGGUUUCCUCGUUGGUGGUGCCUCUCUGAAACCUCAGUUCACUGAUAUCAUUGCCGCUGCUGCUGGUUCUAACUAG